AUUGAACCGUUUUGCGAGAAUAUAGUUGAAAUCACGUUGCAAUUCUUUAUCGCGUCGCGGCGCCGACGCAACGCGCCGCUUUACACUUUACACGGUUUGCGCUUGCUGCGCAUCGAACCGUCUACCUAUGAAAUCUAAAACAGUGCUGGUACUGCCAACGUACUGCUCGACCAACGUUUGAUUGACCGAUUUAUCGUUUGAAACAAAACAUAAAGAAUAAAAAAAUUGACGAGAAAUUUUUCAACAUUUCAUUGUGACAAAAUGACGUUUCAACAGUCGAAACAAGCGUACGAAAACAAUAUCAACUGCCAGCAUCGACAUCGAACCUCGUUUGUUUUGCUCCAACGUACCGGCUUUUUCAUCAUACUCCAUAAACAAUCUUCGACCUUCGUGCAAUUUUUAGUGUCUAAGUAUACAACGAUAUCUAGGAAUUGUGGUACUUGGAGAUGCUGAAAUAUGAAAUGAAUGCAGCGACGUCUGUGACCAACCAAUGGAUUCCUCCCAGGAUUUAUCUGGAGCCAGAGUUGCCCAUUAUGCCAGAUGUACCGUUCGUCUCUCCGAAGGAAGAAAAUUAUUAUGCAAAGUCUCUGAAACAUAAACAUUCCAAAAUGGAAGAGAUAAGCGAGCGUAGAUAUUCUGCCAAAAUAAGUUUAGAGGAUGAAAAAACUGAGACACCUGUGAACCAAGUGUCUUUGUCUCAUCCACCAGUGAGAAUAAAUCACAGAGCUCAAAUAGAUGUGAUAGACAUUGAAGAAGGAGAAACAAGCGAUCGGAAGCGUGUAUUGAUUUAUGAAGAGCAACAAACGAAAUUGGUAAUUUUGAAAGCUCUGGAAAGUGGCGAAGUUAGAGAAGUAGCGAAUCAGCUAGUGGAAAUUGUGACAAUGAUUGGAGCACCGCGAAUAAUUCAGAGUGGACAAGGCCGUGAUUAUGCGGAGCAAGUUGUACGAGAAAUUAGAUUGUUGCUUCGAGACUUUUGUGUUGUACACGGAGAUACCUCGAAAAAAACCGAAGAACGCCGAAAUUUUCGGUUUAUCCUGAACACCUGGAUGAAGAAUCAUCCAGGUAGAACCUUGAACGAAGCCCUUAGAAUUGUCCAAGUUAUCGAGAACACAACGACGAAUUCGCGUCACGGCACAAUUCCCAGCCAACUGUUUUUUGGCAGAAACACCUGCGAGGAUCUUCGAAGAACAAUUGGCAUCAAAGGACCGCAAGAAAACUCUUGUCAGAAAACAAAUUCUCAGCUAAAGGAACAAAAUGUACUCGACUAUGGUACUGAGAAAUCAAUAACUGAAAUAAGGAACAAAAAGUCUUCGGAACCGAAUUUAGAUUUAACGACAUUUGGCAAUGUCGUCGACAAUGUAAACAUCUCAUUGAUCGCUCAAGAAAAUACGAAUGACUUUUCAAAAAAAAAAGAUCUCGGAGAAGCGAACAAUUUUUUUAAAUGUGUAAUAUGUCACAAAAAUUACACAAAAUUGGGACAUUUGAGAAACCAUAUGAAAACACACGACCAACGUACGAGCAAUUUUGAUUGUACGAUAUGCCACCAGUCAUUUCGAUCGUCCAGUGUUUACAACAUCCAUAUGAAAAAUUUUCACGAGCAGAAGUUGACAAAAAAUGAGGAUGAAGAACAACAUUAUCGUUUGGAGUCUAAUGCUAAAAACGAAAAUUCAAAAAGCCGGGUGAAAAAAAUUGGUUUGAUUAGCGAAGAAUCGAAAGAGCGAAUAAAGAACAAGACCAACCGAAAAAGAGUCGCUUUGAGAAAUUUAGCAAAAAAACCCCGAAAAAAAAUAGAACCUCGAAAAAAGGGGAUAAAGAGCGAAAGAACGAACAAAUUGAACGACAACUCUCUCCUAGAAUGUAAAUUCUGCAAGCAAACCUUCAACUUUCCGAGCGUUCUGCAGAGACACGUGCGAUCUCACACGAACGAAAGGCCUUACGUUUGCGAAAUAUGCAACAAAAGUUUCAAACAAUUAGGACACCUGAGUCAACACUCGUUGACUCACACGGACUAUCGAUCAUUUCGAUGCACGACAUGCUCGAUCAAGUUCGAUUCUCUCGAAGCUUUGAAGCUUCAUACAAAUUCACAUAAAGAAGAAACGAUGUGUCGCUCGAAAAAAGUUUAUCGUCUGUUCGAGUGCGAUAUUUGCAAAAAAGUAUUUACCACCAAGAGUAUACUGGAGCGUCACAUAUUCACUCACACGCAUGAGCGCAAAUUUGCUUGCAAAAUAUGCGGCAGAAGAUUCAAGCAAGCUGGUCACGUGAAAUCGCAUAUGCUCGUGCAUACGGGCGAGCGAAAUUUCGAAUGCGACAUUUGUACGAAACGUUUCAGUCUCUCGAAUUCGUUGAAGAAACACAUGUACGUUCAUAACGGCGAUAAGCCUUACCAAUGUGAUAUCUGCGGUUCGAGAUUCCUUGAAAAACGUAAUCUCAAUGGUCAUCUUAUGACGCACACCAACGAGAAACCGUUUUCGUGCAAAAUAUGUGGUAAGCGGUACACUUUGGCUGACACUCUUCGACGUCACGUAAGCGCAGCUCACGAAGACGGUCGGACUUACCAGUGCGAAAUUUGUGCCAAAAUGUUCAAGCAACUCGCACAUUUGUCUGUGCACAAAAAAGUUCACAAUGACGAACGUCCUUUCCAAUGUCAUUUGUGCGAGAAAAAUUUUAAACACAAAAACGUUCUGAAAUCACAUCUCGCGAUACACGCCAAUGUUAGACCCUUCGAAUGUGACGCUUGCAAAGCAACUUUCGUCAGAAAAACUAAUUUGCAAACCCACAUUACUUCGGCACACAUGAACGAACGACCAUACGCUUGUACCAUUUGUAACAAGCGCUUCAAACAAAUCAGUCAUCUCAAUGGACAUAUUGUCGUUCACAGCAAUUCAAUGCCCUAUCAAUGCGAUUUCUGUGAUCGCCGCUGCAACAGACUCGAUAAUCUUAAGAAACACAUGAGACUGCACACAAAAAACGUGACGUGAAGAAAAAUAUAUUUUUCUCCAUUAUUUAUAUAAAUUUAUGCGAUAUGCUCACGGCCUCGUUUUUUAUCAUUUCGAACAAAUGCGACGACAAAUAUAUACAUAUAUUUGUGUUCCUUUUUCGAUUGGAUAUCUGCAAACUGUACAUAUUCAAAAUAAUAUUUGUUUAUACCGGAUAUUCUGAUAUCGUGUGUCUUAUAAUUAUGAGAAUAACCAAAUGAAAAAAGAUUCAUACAUUCAUUCCGAAUUAAUUAUUAUUUCUUCAUGCGACGAAAAAUUUGAAGUUUACACGGAAACAGAUCACAAGGAAAGCUCAUUUAUUUUCUAUAAUGAUGCGGGCAUGCAAGUUCGUCAAGCGAUGUACAUUUCUACCAUUACUUAUUAUCAAUAAAUAUUCUAUUGUUUUAAA